UUCUCGACGUCGCUCAUUUAUUCAAGUCAUUCGUUGAUAAUUAUUGGUAUCAGUAUAGCGCGCUUUUGAUUUGAUUUGAUUUGAUUUAUCCCUUUCUUCUUAAGCGUCAGCAGCAUAGCAUGGCCAGAUACACUUACAGCUCACUAGGUCGCCUUUUGCUAGUCGCCCACGGCACGCUUGCAGCCCUGACCGUCGAUGUCGAGGACACUCGGUAAAGGCGGCGGCUGCCCUCGUGGUAGAGGAUCUGUUGACUUUCUACGGCGGUAACAAGACGGAUGGCAUACCGGGCAUCUUCUCGACUCCCCCUCCGUCCGGUGAUUAUAACCAGUGGACGGGUGCCGUUCUUUGGGAUAACUUGUUGAAAUAUCGAAACCGCACAGGGGAUACUCAGUACGAUGAUAUCAUCACCGCGGGCUUCGAGAACCAAUUGGGGUUGGAUGAGUUCCUUCCGGCAGACUAUAUGAACACGAUGGGGAACGACGACCAGGCCAUCUGGGCACUUUCUGGCCUUGAGGCUGAGAUGACGGGGUUUCAACCAGUGCCGGGGAAAGCGCAGUGGCUGGAUAUUGCUCAGAAUGUCUUCAGCCAGCAGACGGGUCGACGUAUUGAAAAUGGCGGUUGCGAGGGUGCCUUGAGAUGGCUCCUCUUCGAGGGCACAGAAGGGUACAACUACGUUAACUCUGCCUCCAGCAUCGGCUACUUCGAAGUCGGCGCGCAACUGGCGUACUUGACUGGCAACACAACUUACAUCGACUUGGCUGACGACACAUUCGAACUGCUCGAGGUGCUCGAUUUCGUCACUGUCGACUACGCUGUUUACGAUGGCGCGCACAUGGAUUCGUGCACGGAUGUCAAUAAGCUCCAGUUGUCGUACACUGCUGCGAUGCUUCUCGAGGGUUCCGCAUACCUGUACAACCUCACCAGCGACGAUGACUGGAAGGAGCGCAUCGACGGGCUCCUGGACCGGAUCCUGAUGACGUUCUUCGAGAACGGAGUCGCGCUCGAGACGUCGUGCGAGAAGGGCAAUAGGUGCAACACGGACAUGCUCUUCUACAAGGGCAUCAUGCUCCGCCGCCUCGCAUCCGCCAUGGAGAUGGCGCCCUACACCGCCGCCCGCAUCCUGCCCGUCCUCAAGUCCAGCGCCAAGGCCGCCGCCGCCCACUGCACCGGCGGCGACAACGGCCGCAUGUGCGGCUUCCGCUGGACCUCGGGCCACUUCGACGGCGAGACCGGCGCUGCGCAGCAGGCGGACGUGCUGAGCGCGCUGCUUGCCGUUAUCGAUGUGCACAGUGCCGGUGGCAGCGGAAAUGGAAGUGGCAAAGGCUUCGAUAUGCCACAGGGUACGGGCGCGAGAGCCGGUAUGAGUGUUUCGGCGUUCGUUGGCGCGUUGCUGGCGGGUGGCUUCUUGCUCUUGUAGAGAGUACCGUAUCUGCGCUUCUUUACGUUCGUGCUAUAAAUACUUACCUAAUUCACCUACACAUUAGACGUUAGAUAAAAUAAAAUAAAGCAUCGGAGAGGGAUCUAGGGGUUAGGCACACGGUUGCCGUGGCUGGCUUCGAUG